AUGGUUUUAACAACUACAACAAUCGAAGAUAUUCUGAAUGAAUCUGAUGCUGGUGUUCAUUCAGAAUGUGGCAAAUUAGAUAUUGUCCUUAUGCAUCGACCAGGUGGAGAACUUCUUCGAUUAACAAACGAUAAUCUUCAUGUUCUUCUUUUUGAUGCUAUUCCUGAUAUUAAUCAAACACAUCAUUCUCAUGAUAUUUAUUCACAAUAUUUACGUGAUCAUGGAGUACACGUACUUUAUUUAACAGAUCUUCUUCGUGAAACACUUAUUUCAAGUAUUCAAGCACGUUCUCAAGUGAUUGAUGGUAUUCUUACUCAUUCUCAUCUCAAUCACAAAAAUCAAGAACAAUCUUUAUUAGCACUUCAACAAUGGUUACUUCAUCGAACACCUGAACAAUUAACUGAAGAUAUUUCUGUUGGUGUUGCUUAUUCACGAGAUGAAUUAGGUACAUCUGCUAAUGCUCAAAUUCUUCUUACAACAAAUGAUUUAAUGAAUGAAUAUCUCAUUCCACCAUUACCUAAUCUUUUAUUUACGCGUGAUUCAUUUUCAAUUAUUGAUAAUCAUGUUUUUAUUUGGCAAAUGAAUAAACCAGCAAGACAAAACGAGUCUCUUCUAUUACAGGCUAUUUUUCAAUAUCAUCCACAUUUAUCAAAUUGUGGAUUAGAAAUUAUUGAAUGGAGAGAACAUAUUGAUGAAAAUCAUACCGAAAUUCCAACAGUCGAAGGUGGUGAUAUUGCUUAUCUUGGUGAUGGUAUCCUACUUAUUGGUUGUGGUGAAAGAACAAAUCGACUUGGCAUUGAAGCACUUAGUCGAACAGGUAUUUUUCAUCAAAUUAUUGUUAUUAUGAUACCUCCUCAACGAUCUUACAUGCAUUUGGAUACAGUUCUUAGUUCAGUUGGUAAAAAUGCAUUUACAUUACAUGGUCUAUUAGCUGAAAUUAUGGAAGUAUAUACUAUAGAAAAUCAAUAUGAUCAUCAAAAUACAUAUUUCGAACCAGAAUGGAUAUCACAUGGUUGUGAUGUUCGUCAAGCACUUCGAAACAUUCUCAAUAAUCCAAAUUUAAUAUUUUAUGAUGCGAAAGAUGAACAAACAUCAAUUGAUGAACAAGCACAUGACCGAUUUAAUGUUCUUGCUAUUGAUGAUAAUCAUGUUGCUACUUAUGCUGGUGGUGAUGCUAAAAAUGGUCUUGUCACUUGUAUGACUCAAAAUAAUAUGUGUCGAGUAGGUCUCAUACCUGUUGAAGGUUUAUUAGAAGGUGGUGGUGGUGCUCAUUGUAUGACAAAUGCUAUUCGGCGAAGAACAAUAUAA